AAUGUCAAACGCUGUCAGAUCCAUAUUUGUUUGGCUUAAUUAAUUUUUGAUAAUGCCUAUUGCCUAUUUAUUGAUAAACUGGUAGAUUUUUUGUAAUUACAAUGGAGUCGAAGCCACAAAAAAUGCCCAAAGUGGCAAAAGUUAAAAACAAGGCUCCCGCAGAAAUACAAAUCACAGCUGAACAGCUACUGAGGGAGGCUAAAGAGCGUGAUUUGGAAAUCCUUCCUCCGCCACCAAAGCAGAAGAUCUCCGAUCCAGCAGAACUAGCAGAUUAUCAACUACGUAGGCGGAAACAGUUUGAAGACAAUAUAAGGAAGAACCGAACGGUUAUAUCAAACUGGAUCAAAUACGCGCAAUGGGAAGAGUCGCAAAAGGAAAUUCAACGAGCCAGAUCUAUCUGGGAGAGAGCUUUAGAUGUAGAUCACAGAAAUAUCACAAUAUGGUUGAAAUAUACAGAAAUGGAGAUGAGGAAUCGCCAGGUAAACCAUGCAAGAAACUUGUGGGACAGAGCUGUUACCAUCUUACCUAGAGUCAAUCAAUUUUGGUACAAAUACACAUAUAUGGAAGAGAUGUUGGAAAAUAUCCCAGGUGCUAGAGCAGUCUUUGAAAGAUGGAUGGAAUGGCAGCCUGAUGAACAAGCUUGGCAAACUUACAUUAACUUUGAGCUUAGGCAUAAAGAGAUUGAUCGUGCUAGAGAGAUAUAUGAAAGAUUUGUUAUGGUUCAUCCUGAUGUGAAACACUGGAUAAAAUAUGCAAGAUUUGAGGAAAAUCAUGGUUUCAUCAACUCGGCAAGACAAAUCUAUGAAAGAGCAGUUCAAUUUUUUGGAGAUGAUCACUUAGAUGAGAAACUCUACAUUGCAUUUGCAAAGUUUGAGGAAAACCAAAAAGAACAUGACAGAUCUAGGGUAAUAUACAAAUAUGCUUUAGAUCAUAUCCCGAAAGACCAGGCAAAAGAAUUGUACAAGGCUUACACAAUACAUGAAAAGAAGUAUGGAGAUAGGACAGGGAUUGAGGAAGUAAUAGUGUCAAAAAGGAAAUUUCAGUAUGAGCAAGAAAUACAGCAAAAUCCAACAAAUUAUGAUGCUUGGUUUGACUAUAUAAGGCUUGUUGAAGGAGAAGGUGAUAUUGAUGCUACAAGAGAAACUUAUGAGAGAGCCAUAGCUAAUGUUCCUCCAGCAAAAGUAAAACAGUAUUGGAGAAGAUACAUCUACCUAUGGAUCAACUAUGCAUUAUAUGAAGAGCUCGAAGCUAAAGACUAUGAAAGAACUAGGCAGGUGUAUAAGGCAUGCUUAGAACUGUUGCCACACAAAGUUUUCACUUUCUCAAAGAUUUGGUUGUUAUUUGCCCAGUUUGAGAUCAGGCAGAAGAACUUGACGCCAGCAAGGAAGAUUCUAGGGUACAGCUAUGGAAUGUGCCCCAGAGACAAACUGUUUCGCGGGUACAUUGAUUUAGAAAUCCAACUUAGAGAAUUUGACAGAUGCCGACGUCUUUACGAGAAAUUCCUUGAAUUUGGACCAGAAAACUGUGUCACCUGGAUGAAAUUUGCUGAAUUGGAGACCCUUCUUGGUGAUAUUGACAGAGCUAGAGCUAUUUAUGAACUUGCCAUCAACCAACAGAGACUGGACAUGCCUGAGCUUCUAUGGAAGGCAUACAUAGAUUUUGAGAUAUCUCAAGAUGAGCCUGAAAAUGCGAGGCAGUUGUAUGAGAGACUUUUAGAAAGAACCUCACAUGUGAAAGUCUGGCUGUCUUAUGCUAAGUUUGAACUUAACAAUCAACUAGAAGGUGACAUGAAUAUAAAACUAGCUAGAAGAGUCUUUGAAAGAGCUAACGAAUGUUUGAAGAAUGCAUCAGAGAAAGAAUCAAGAGUACUGUUAUUAGAAAAUUGGAAGGAGUUUGAGAAUGCACAUGGAGAUGAAAUGAUGCAACAGAAGGUCAACAGCAAAAUGCCAAGGAGGAUCAAGAAGAGACAGAAGGUCAUAGAUGAAGAUGGCAUGGAACAAGGUUGGGAGGAAGUGUUCGAUUACAUCUUCCCAGAAGAUGAAGCUAACAGACCGAAUCUCAAAUUGUUGGCUGCCGCAAAGAACUGGAAAAAGAAAAUGGAAGGUGAUGAUGAAGAAAAGGUGGAAGAGAAACAGACAAAGAAUAGUAGCAGUGAAAGGGUAAGAGAAAGACUAUUAGCUUCUGCUAAGAACUGGAAGAAAAAGAAGGAAGGGGUAAGUGAGAAUGAUGACAAUAGACAAAAAAAUGGAAGUAGUGAAAAUACAAAUGACCAGGAAGAUACUAGAGACCACGAAGCAACAUCAAACAAAUUAUUGAAUUCUGUUAAAAAUUGGAAAAAAAGUAAAACAGAUCAUGAAGACAGUCGAGAAAUUAAACAGUGCAGUAGAAGUGAUGGACUGAAUAGUGAAAUUGAAAGAGAUACUGAAGCUUCAACCAGUAACUCUAGUGAACAUCAUGAUAGUGAUUGAAUUUGUAUUGUUAGGAUAUUUUUGAAUAUAACUUUUUUAUAUUUUUUUUUUAUAUUUUUCCAAAUUUACCUAAAUCCUCAACAUAGAAAUUAAAAACAAAUGUAAAUGAGUUCCUUAUAAAUAGUAACAUUAAAUCAAUGGCCCUAUAUUUAUGUGUCAGUUUUAAAAAAAAACUGAUGUCAUACAGUGAGUAGGAAAACUAUAAACAAACAAUUGUGCACAGACAUUUUAUUUCUAAAAAUAUAUAAAUUAAUGAUCCAAUUGGAAUCAAUUGGAUAGAUGUGAAGCAAAUAAAUAUUACACAAUUUUAUAAUGU